AUGUUGCUAGAAUUCCAGUACUCUGACUUCGAGCUCAGCGUGCAUCGUGAAGUUCGAGAGUAUGUGCUGACAACAUUGAAGGACGAGGGAGGCAACCUUAAUGAGCAAGUUGCAGAGUCAAUCUGUAACAAAAUGGAAGAGGUUAGCUGAUA